GCGGCGGGCGGGCGCCUCGGUCGGUGUGCUGUGCUGUUCUCUGUGGUGCCGGCUUUUCCGAUUGCUUUUUUUUUUUUUUUUUUUUACGAUGGAGUCCCAAGAAAGAAGGUUCCGGGGCUCCGGUGACGAUAGUCCUGUAUCCCAGGCCCGAGCAGACCCAGAGUUAGCCAGCCAGUAUGAGCGAUGUGUUCAAAAAGCAAAGCAAGAAGCCAAAAAUGGAAACCUGUUAAAGUCAAUAGAAUUCUUUCAAAAAGCGGACUCCAUACACCCCAGUGAAAAGCUUAAAGGUCGCAUAGCAAAGCUUGAAGAAGCUCUCCAGCAGCUUGAUGUCCAAAAUGAGCAAGAUGAUGAGUUUAUAGAUGUGUUAGGCAGUGGGCUAAUGCUCUAUAAAGAACUAUACAACAAGCUAUUCGAACACCAAAAAGAAGGUGUUGCAUUUAUGUACAGACUAAACAGAGAUGGAAGAAAAGGCGGUAUUUUGGCAGAUGACAUGGGGCUGGGAAAGACUAUCCAAGUUAUUGCCUUCCUUUCUGGAAUGUUUGAUGCUGAAUUGACCAAUAGCGUACUAUUAAUAAUGCCAACAACUCUAAUUAGUAAUUGGGUUAAAGAAUUUGAAAAGUGGACUCCAGGCAUGAGAGUGAGUGAAUUUCAUGGCACUAGCAAAAAGGAACGAAGCAGAAACCUAGAAAAAAUCCAGAGAAAGGGUGGAGUUCUCAUCACCACUUAUCAAAUGUUGAUUAAUAAUUGGCAACAGCUUGCCACAUGCAAUGGACGAGAGUUUGUAUGGGAUUACAUCAUCUUAGAUGAAGCACAUAAAAUUAAAUCCUCAUCCACAAAGACUGCAAAAUCUUGUUCUGCAAUUCCUGCUAAGAAUCGCAUUCUUCUGACAGGCACGCCAAUCCAAAACAAUCUACGUGAGAUGUGGGCCUUGUAUGAUUUUGCAUGUCAAGGAACACUGCUGGGAACAGCUAAGACUUUUAAAAUGGAAUAUGAAAACCCAAUAAUUAGGGCUAGAGAGAAAGAUGCAACGCCAGGUGAAAAAGCCCUUGGUCUUAAAAUAUCCGAAAACCUAAUGAAAAUUAUUCAGCCUUACUUUCUUAGGCGUACAAAGAGUGACGUUCAGCAUAAGAAGGUUUUUGAGCAGCAGACAACCAUUGAGCGAAAUAGAACAUUAUGUACAAUGCCUUCCCUUACAAGAAAGAAUGACUUCAUAAUAUGGGUCUAUUUAUCAUCGAUUCAGGAAGAUGUGUAUAGAAAAUUUAUAUCUUUAGAUCAAAUUAAGGAAUUGCUAAUGACAACCAGGUCCCCUCUAGCAGAGCUGACCAUUUUGAAGAAGCUUUGUGAUCAUCCGAGACUACUUUCUGCUAGAGCCUGUGUUCAGCUUGGCUUGGAAGGAGAUGGCACUGAAGAGCAUGACAUUGAAGUUGUUACAAAAUUUGAUCACCUUUCUGAUGAGGCUCUUAUAAAGGAGUCUGGAAAGCUGGUGCUUUUGAUUGAGCUCCUUAAUAGACUGAAAGAAGAAGGUCACAGGACUCUUGUUUUCUCGCAGUCAAGAAAAAUGCUUGAUAUGAUUGAUCGCAUCUUGAAUAACAGAGGAUUUAAAAUAAUGCGUAUUGAUGGGACAGUUUCUCUUUUAGAUCGUGAGAAAAGAAUAAGUAUUUUCCAAACUAGCAACAGCUACUCUGUAUUGCUGCUGACAACACAAGUUGGGGGUGUUGGAUUAACAUUAACUUCAGCUGACCGGGUUGUUAUUUUUGACCCCAGCUGGAAUCCAGCCACUGAUGCACAAGCUGUUGAUAGAGCCUACAGAAUAGGACAACAAGCAAAUGUUGUAAUCUAUCGACUCAUAACCUGUGGCACAGUAGAAGAAAAAAUAUAUAGGAGGCAAAUCUUUAAGGACUCCUUGAUAAGACAAACAACUGGUGACAAGAAAAACCCCUUCCGUUACUUCUCAAAGCAGGAAUUAAAGGAGCUGUUUUCUCUAGAAGACACUCAAACCUCUUCCACUCAGAUUCAGCUCCAAAACAUGCAUUCUUCUCAAAGGAAAACUGAUACAAAUCUAGAUGAACACAUAGCUUAUCUUCAUACUUUACCAAUUUUUGGAAUCUCUGAUCAUGACCUCCUCUAUUCACAUGAGAUUCCCUCCCAAGAGGAGGAAAACGAAUAUGAAAAUGAACAUGAUGGUCAGUACAUUGAAGAAAGAGUUCAGAAGGCUCACGAACUAGUACAGAUGGAGUCUCAACUGAAUGAACAGCUAAUGGAAAACUUAAAAAGGGACUCGGAAGGGGUGUGGCUUAGACCAAAUAUUUUCCCUGAAAAACCUAAACACAGAAGUAUUUCUAAUGAUAAACCACAAGCCUUUCCUGAAAUUGUAGAUAAUGCUGAACAUGACAUUGCAAAUGUCAGUUGUCAGAUGAUUAGUUUGGUGAUAGAAGAUUCAGAUGAUGAAACGCUUCCCAGUGUUUCAUUUAAAAAGGAGCAACCAAAUGUCAAUUCACACAUAAGCAGUUUGUCAUCUUCAAUUGCUAGUCUACCUCCAGCUCCUCUAAAUUAUGAAACCUCAAAGAAUGGAAACAGUCACUCUACCAGUUUGGUGAUUGAGCCUUUUGAAGAGAAUUUGACCCAUGUUCCAUACAGAAAUGAAUUGCCAAAAGCGACAGUGGACCAGACAAACCACUUGAUAACUGAAGAAUGCAGUGAGGAAGACAUUUCAGAUCCAGUCACAUUUACGAAAGCAUCUUCCAACAUUGUGUUUGGAAGUUCUCUAAUAAAUGGAUAUUCUGGAAUGGAAAACAUUGUUUCAGCAGCUUUACCGGUUAACAGUUUGGGCAUCAAAAGUUCAAACAGUUUGCCAUCUUUUGUUAUCAAAGCAGCAGAAUGUGAACAACCAUGCAUUAAAGAAAAUAUAAGUCUCAAUGAAGACACCAGUUCCCCUCUAUCAAAGUCCCAAUUUCAAUGUGACUUUAAUUUAGUUCUAGAAGAUUCAAUGGAUGAUCAUUUUGCAUCAGUGCAUGAAAUGGAAACCUCCAUUGCUCCAGCAAAGGAAGUUCUACUAAUACUGGAUGAUUCUUUGGAAAAUAUGAGCCAAAAAGAUAACUGCUUUGAAUGUUCUAUGGAACUUGAAAGAAAAAGUAGAAAUAGAAGUGUAAACAAGGAGGAUUCAAAGUACAAACUUGAAGGUUGUGCUGAAGUUGCAGAAACUUUUCAGAAUGAAAUGGAUAUAUUAAACUCUUGUCUGGAAAAUAGCACUGGAGAAGUUAGUAGAAUUGAUGCAGAGGAGAGUGAUGAAGAGGAGAUUCUUUUUGCCACCAAUCGUAAAGGUACCAGGAGAAUCUGUUCUGAAAGUGAAACAGAGAGCUCAGUGUUUCUAAAUGAAGAAAAUGAGAGGGAGUUUUCACCUUUCAAUAGCCCUUCUGUCAAAGUGAUGAGUGUGUCAACUCCAAAGUUAGAGAAAUGUUGGUCCGACAAUCUGUUUCCUCAAAGGAGCAGUUUAGGAAGGCGCAAAUCUAUUGCCUCAAGAAGAUCUCUAAUUCAUGUAGCUGUAGAAGAAGCUACAGACAUUCAAGAAGAUAUUAAUGAUGGAGAUGACGAAGUCAGUGACCAAGGGGAGGAGGAAGAAUUGCUAGCAAAUGAAGCGCAAGAGGGUGAUGAUGAAGAACAUGAACAUACAGAAGAGAAGCCAAUGGGAGAAAUUUUCGUCCUGGAGGACAGUUUAGCAACAUCAGAAGAGAAUUAUGAACAUGAUAGCUUUGCUAUAAAAUUCUCUUCAAAUGAAGAGAUAACAGAGUCUACUGGUGAAGUGGAACUGCUCUCUGAUGAGCAAGUUGACUACUUGGCUGCAGAAAUGUAUCAAAGUAAAGGGUCUAGUCAAGAAGAUGACUACUCCAUUCUGGUGAAACGUGGCAAGGAGCUUAAAGAUGGCGGACAUGUGAAAGAAGCUUUACUCUGUUUUGAGAAAGCACUUAAUAUUAAAUCGGGAGACCCUGAACUUAUGAUGAUUACUUUGAGUUUGUACAGACAACUAUGUUAA